UGGAACCCAAAGUGAAAUGCACCUCAGACCUGAUGCGAAUCGAAGUGCCGAUAUCCCCUGCGACGAAGAAGAUAUACAUCGAAGGGCUUCGCGACUAUCCGGAACCAGCAUGUCGACCUCACACUGACCCCACCGGCAAGCUGGCGGUACUCGAGCUCGACCUCAGAGACGUCUACAAGUGUGCUGUCACCAGGGGCAAAACAAUAUAUUACCAAACUGUGAUAUCGGAGACAGCUGGAGACGAUGGAUCCACAGGAAAAGAGAUGCUUCACGUGAAGUGUUCUAUUUUCCAAGCCAGGAAUCACACGCUGAUGAGUGGUUUGAUGGGAAAUCACACGAUAACAAAGAGGAACGUGCUGCCUGAAGGGUUUCAAGAAGCAAAAUGCUCAGUGGACCCGUACCUGUUCGAGAACUUCAACACAGUAGACGGGGACUUCCUCUCCGCAAAAUUCCGUGCAUUCAAAUUCCCAGAAUCCACCUACGUGCAGUUCAAAGGGACAGUCAACGUUUGUCUGGAUAAAUGUCAAGGGGUGGAAUGCAGUGAUGGCUCUGUUGGUUUCGGGCGACGACGAAGAGCCCUUGCAGAACUGCCAGCAGACCCCAAUAAGAUCUUCGAAAUCACCAUCACCUCUUUCAUCAAAGUUGGCAACGACAAAUCCGAUCCUGAAGAGUUGACCAAUCAAAAGCCAUAUAGCAAUAAGAAGUUAUUUAUUGGAGAUCAAAUGACUGACAUCAAAGAGAAAACCUUCUACCAAACAGACCCUAGUCAAGGCGUCUUGGAGCUGAAAGAAGAGAAAGACACGUUGAUCGUGGCAGACAGCUCCGCCUCCACCACCGCCUUGAACAUGAUAUCACUGGCUGCAAUAGUGCCUUUAUUCAUAUAACUAGCCGCAUGAGAGACACGCCAACAACGGUUUAUUCCAAUUAUAACCCUAUCGUAAAUAUACAAGUCUGUGAUAACUCGAAAAAAUGUUGGAUACGGGGCGCAAAGCUGUCAACAUUUUGUAUGCUCUAACAGUUGCUCAGAAAGCUUGUAAAGUGAUUGAAUUAUGAUUUAAAUUUUAAGUAUACAGCUUUACACCCUUUGCACUCAUAAGCGUUUCUAAGAAAUUUUGAAAUUUCGUCAAGACGAGAGAAGAAAGGAACAGUUAAUUAUAGACCCCAGUGCUUUUCAAAAAUUCCCUCUACACUUAUUUUCCAAACAAUUGACGCACGAUCCGAUUUUCUAGCGUAAAAGCAGCGGUUGACAUUUUCAAGAUGGCGGCUAAGUGCUUAUUAAAAAAAUUUUAUUAGCUUGCCUGUAUGCUUGUAUGUAUGUAGUUUUGUAUGUACCGGAAUAUUUGAGCAUAAUUUUCACCAGUUUCCAGAAGUUUGAUUCGAUGACACUGCAAUAAUUUGAUAACAGUUUUCCAUUAUCGUUAUUAGGACUGCCAGGAUGGAUACAUUCUUUUUUAGAUCCUCUGUAGGGAGUAAGAGAGAUAGACUUACUCUUUGUUGGUUCGCGAACUCGGCACAGCACAACAGAGGCAGAUAUUUUUUCAAUGUAGUGCAUUCUCACCUUGUUCAUUGCGAAUGUUAUCAUUAAUCCUACUUGAUUGCUCUAAGUUAACAGGAAUAACCCCAUGCAGCAGUGAAGCUUUAAAUGAAAUGAUUAGAUUACAAAAUGAUUUGUAAGACCUGUCAAUAUCACAUUUCCACAAAAAACUAAUUGAUAAGUCAAGCUAAAAAAUGAAAAAUAAAUAAUAGUUUGAAAAAACUAAAAAAACACACUCUUUUAUGUCUUAAAUAGAUCGGGAUGUCACGUCAUACCGCAAUUUUCUUUAUUAGUACUUCAUAACUUUGGGAUAUACAUCCACUUUCUUUCAAAAUGGAGAGCUAACAUAUACAUAUAACUCCUCAUAUUUCCAAAUUUAGUGCAUAUUCAGGUAGACUUCCAAGUUUCAAGAUUGAAUAUCCCAAAAAUGAUCAAAUUCAAAAGCCUUUCAGUAAGCUAUUUUGAAAGGUAUUGUACUUUAUAUUAUGUGGUCAUGAAAGUACUUCAAAAUAAGGUAUUACACGACCCCCCGUUCCACUAAAAAUAUUGCCCAACCGCCGUCUUGAAGUUUCAACUUCUACUUUCGCGAUAAAAUAAGAAGUUUUCGAUAAGCACUGCGGGUGGUUUUAAUUGAAUUAUGCCUCCGUCAGGUUGUAUAUUAAAGUCUUGUCGUUUACCUAAAAGGACUAUUCGUAAACCGCUUCAAGUUUGAGCAAAUACAUUUUAUUGAAGAGCAAAAGCUUUGCCGGAUUUUUGGCACCAUACUGCGUCUUGGCAGGCUUAGGUACUCCAUGUUGAAUCUCCUACACUUGUCAAUGAUUAGGUACCAUAAAUAUAAAAAAAUACUAAACAUAAGCAAUAUGCCAUAUAACGAAUAUAUGAUCAGUACAGAGCAGAUAAAAAGUCUGUACUUAAAGCCUGGCUUAUUCAUUAAUUCAUACUGACCAUUAGCGAAUUAGCGAUUUGUGUAAGAAUAUGGCUUAUACAAAUCCAAAAAGGAAUGUCUGCAAAUCCUUUUGUGAUUCGAAUACUGUAUAUGACUGUAUUGUAAAAGGGUUUGUAUCGACAUGUCCUCAAAUGAGAUCUAACUCUUAACACUGCCUGUUUGUGCAAUUUUUAUGGUGACAUUUUCAAUCGGUGUUUUAGAAAGGGAGGGAUACUUAUAUGUUUGGAUAUUAUCAACUGUGUAUAUCAGCCAAUUUAAAUUCGUGAAGAUGGUUAGUUUCGUUUCCUAAAAGUGGGAACCUGCCUUUUUGAGGAACAUCUAUGCUUGAAAUGACAAAGGUAAUGCAAGGGAAAACAGCAGCGAAAAAGAAUAAACCUAAAGCUGGGUUGGUGAAAUUAAUAUUUUUUUUUGUUUCUGACACAUUUUUUUGAUUCUUAAAAAGUUAAUUCGAUCAUGUUUUUUUAAUAUUCAUUAUUUUUUGCUAAAUAAUCACUGCAAAUGGUAGGUUUUGACAACCCCCUAACAUUAAGUUCGGUGUGUCGAAGUAAAUACUUCUUAUAGUACCCUCGUAUCUCACCGUACACAAAUUGUACGCAAUGUGCGUCAAGUUAAUGUAUAUUUCCGUUUUAACAACUCAAGGGCUUUUAACAGCAGGUCUCCUUCGCUGCGUGCACGGUUUGAACUCGUGAGAUACGAGGGUACUACAAGUAGUAUUUACUUUGACGAGACCUUCACAUAAUUACAUAAUCAGACGAACUUACCUGUAAGUGAUGUUCGAUCCUAAUUAUAUAAAGGUACCGUCGAAGUAAAGAGCUCCCUCGCACCCUAUGUAUCACCCGAUUGUUGCAACAACUUGGCUUUGAAGAAAAUGAGAGCUGAUAGGCGGCCAGAGAUGAGGAAGGUAGGGGGACGCGGUGAUCCACCUUCCUUCGUUGCGUGCACGGUUUGAACUCGUGGGUUUGGUGAGAUACGAGGGUACUACAAGUAGUAUUUACUUCGACGAGACCAUUACAUAAUUACAUGAUCAGACGAACUUACCUGUAAGUGAUGUUUGAUCCUAAUUAUGUAAAGGUACCGUCGAAGUUAAGAGCUCCCUCGCUCCCUAUGUAUCACGCAAUUGUUGCAACAACUUGGCCUUGAAGAAAAUGAGCGUUUAUAGGCGGACAGAGAGGAGGAAGGUAGGGGGACGCGGUGAGCCACCUUCCUUUGUUGCGUGCACGGUUUGAACUCGUGGGUUUGGUGAGAUGCGAGGGUACUACAAGUAGUAUUUACUUCGACGAGAUCUUCACAUAAUUACAUGAUCAGACGAACUUACCUGUAGGUGAUGCUUGAUCCUAAUUAUGUAAAGGCACCGUCGAAGUAAAGAGCUCCCUCGCUCCCUAUGUAUCACCCAAUUGUUGCCACAACAUGGCCUUGAAUAAAAUGAGCGUUUAUAGGCGGCCAGAGAGGAGAAAGGUAGGGGGACGCGGUGAGCCACCUUUCUUCGCUGCGUGCACGGUUUGAACUCAUGGGUUUGGUGAAAUACGAGGGUACUACAAGUAGUAUUUACUUCGCGGAGACCUUCACAUAAUUAGGAUCGAACAUCACUUACUUACUUGCUUUCGAUGCAACGCGUUCGCAGCAGAACCAAAAAUUUGUCACGAGGAAAGUUGUUCACAGCUGUGCCUUCCUCUGCAUCCAUAGAAGGUUUUUUUCUACAUUUGGUGACGACGAAAUUGGUGUUUCUUUUCAGAUAUUAGAACAAAUAGUUGUUGAUUUAGUUUCUCAUUCAUUAAUAGUUUACAUAGUUUACUUUAAUUUUAUGUCGCUAAUUUGAUUAAUGGACUUUUAUGAAAAAAUUCAAGUUUUUUUUGAAUAUUUAUUUUUAUCAAAUAAUCACUUCAUACAAAUCAUUGAUUCAAAUCACUUAAAAAAGUGCGCACGCUCAAAGUGUGCCAUUUAUCUGUUUUUCAAAUCGGACAUGUGAAUAAACAGAUUGGUUUACCUACACAACGGGGAAACUGACACGCGUCAUGUCUGCUGACCUCAUCAUCGGCUGGAUGGCACAGACGGAUUUAGCCUCGAAUAUUUUGAAACAAUAUCCCUGUUGACUUUGGGUCUUUAAAGUAUGGGUUUUGAGGAAAAAUUUGCUUAGUUUGAUUAGAACGUCAUAUAAAGGAAAGUUCCCACUUUGAGAAAAUACUGUAUGAAAAUCACGGCUUGAAAUUGGACGUUGAUAUACACCCACACAGAAUAAACUACUCCUGAAAAAUGAACGUAGUUUUAGAGAAAAAGUGUAAAAUCUUUGUUACCAGUAGACAUAGAUUUCUAAGUAAGCUCAACGAUUAUUAUCAAACAUCUCACAAAACAUUGAAUUGUUGUUCUUGCAUUUGUAUGUAAUAAGCACUUAAUUGUUUUAUCGUGCUAUCUUUAAAUGCAAACGACAGAGCUUAAAGAAUAAAGAUUCAAUAAAUUUGAUUUACUGUUAAUUGCACAAUACAUACAGAACAUCCUCGAUGAUUCUCCGAGUAAGUGGUUGCACGUACUUGCUAGUGAAUAUGUUUAGAUGUUAAUAUCUGCGAUUUAUUUUAAUAUUAUUCUGUUGUAAAUAUAAUUUUCUGCAACUUAACUUCUGUAUUUUUAAAUUUAUGUAAUAUUUCGUGACAUUGUGAAAAUUUUACUAGUCUGUAAUAACAAAUAAAAAUAAUCA